UUAAAGCUCGUAUCUGACUUUUCUUUUUCUCUAUACUCUUUGAUUAGAGAGUGUUGUGAGGUGUAGUUAAAUAUUUGUUUUGAGAGUGUGGGUGUACUGGGGUGCUGGUGUUAGAGAGAAAGAAGUCUAUGUGUUGUAACAAUUUUCACAUAGUGAUAUUCUCUGGUUGUCAUUUGACAACGGCCGUGGUUUUUUCUCCAGUAAUUGGAGUUUCCACGUUAAAUUCUUGUGUUGUGAUUGUGUCUAUUUUAUUUCUCUGUGAAAGGUAUUUUCUCAAGAGAGAAUGGUGAAUUAUUCCCAACAGAACUUGUGUUCCUCACUGAGGAACUGAGUGGUCUCCAAGGAUGGAUGUCGCGGAAUCAAAAGGAAAAUAUGUUAUCACAGUUGAAGUUCCAGGAGUUAGGAUCAAUGACAUAAGAGUGGAGGUUGAUGAUCAAAAGUUAUCUGUCAAAGGUAGACACUCUACUAGCUACUUGACAAUUGCAGGGUCUCCGAAUGCCUCGUUUUCUUCGUAUCACAAGCGCGAGAUACUAUAUGGACCAUGCGAGGUGGUCUGGCCACUCCCUUCCGGCGUGAACAAGGAUCAUAUAUCGGCUGAAUUCCAGGAUGGAUUUCUUCAGAUAAUAAUUCCUAAGAUUUGAAUGAGCAAUAAUGUUGAUUGCAGCCAAAACAUAUUUUGGAGCAUUUGUUUAGUUAUGAUCAUAUCAUAUCAUAAAUAGAUCAUAAGAUAGGCUAUGUUGUGCUUUGGAAAUGCUUUUAUUUCUUCUGUACCAUUUAUGUCUAUCUAUGUCUUAUUUUAUAUAUGCCACUAAACAAAAGAAUUUGGCUGAACCUUAGUAUAUACAUAUUUAUGGCUUAAUUUUGAUUG